AUGGCUCGAAGAGGUUUAAGUAAGGAAGUUUAUUGUGACAACGCUACAAAUUUUAUUGGAGCCAAAAAUGAAUUAAAAGAGCUGGGAGAUCUAAUUAACAAACAAAAUGUAAAAGAUGAAAUAAUCAACCAGAGUGCUCAGAAAGGUAUCCAGUUCAACUUUAUACCACCCAGAUCUCCUCAUUUUGGCGGUCUCUGGGAAGCGGCAGUAAAAUCAACAAAGAAAAUUUUAAGACAUGCACUGAAAUCCGCUUCCUUGACAUUCGAAGAGUUGAGUACAGUAACUGCAGAAGCUGAAGCGGUAUUAAAUUCUCGACCUAUAACACCUAUGCCUUCUGACCCAAAUGACUUUACAGCAUUAACGCCAGGCCAUUUUCUCAUCGGUGAACCUUUGACAGCAGUUCCAGAAAAUAGAGAAUCAGAGCAAAAAUUAACGUCAUUAUCAAGAUGGAAAUUAGUAACAUCUAUUAGACAACACUUUUGGAAAUUAUGGACUGACGAAUACUUAAGCAAUCUUCAAAAAAGAAAUAAAUGGAAAGAAAUUAAUGAAAAUGUGAAGCCAGGAAUGCUAGUAGUUAUAAAAGAAGAAAAUAAUAUACCAUUUAUUUAUUAA